UUUUUGCCCAAUAACCGACAUUGAUAAAAACACAUGCCAUGUGCGACGCAGAGUCAUGAAAUCUCGGUUACUCGGACAAUUGUAACCGAUUUGUAUACCAUUCUUUCAAGGUUCCUUAUCCAAAACCUUCCAGAGUGCGACCGCUAUAGGGUAAGAGCGAUCGUUCUCGCAUCAGCUACUGACAAGAAGUUGUGCCUCAGUUUUCUCAUUUCAUAGCAUGCCUGUUGCAUGGUUAAACGGCAUAACACAAAUACUGAUAGCACUUUCUGCUGGGCCGUCAAUACGCUUAGAAGCCCUGAUCACAACAUGGCAAUAAUGGCGCCGACGCGAUAAGAACAACUGCCAACAAGUAGUCGUGAAGGUUUUGAGCAGCAUAGGAUAGUUCGCACAUUUUGCAAUGGCCGGCUAAUAGUUACAACCGAACUGUGAAGUUGCUUAGACUCAUAAUUGUAGCGCCAGGAUGUCUCUUGGGAGAGUUCUUGUUUUCCUUCUAUUGCUGGCAUAUAGUUCGGGCAACUAUACUAGCACAUUGUGGGAGCACCGAUGUGAUCCUGGCUCGGAGAUAUUCGCGUGUACGGUACCAAACUUCCUGUACAAACCGAACCAAAAUCAUUCGAAGCUGAUCGCUCCAGAAACGGUGCAUAAGAUACGGUUAGCUUAUCCCAGCGAUAAAGUAAUAUCACGUCAGGACGUUAUCAUAGCAUACGAUGCAACUCUUCACGAUGCUCUGCAUCGUCCGAAAGCGGUACAAAUAGCUAAUGCGGCGAUCAAACGGUUUGAGGUUCCGCUUGAUCUCGAAUAUGCGGACUUUCGUGAUAACUCGAUAUCCUCAGUGAUCGCGCCGCAAGUAAACGGAUCAGACUACGCGCUACGGUAUCUGGAUUUGCGAAACAACGAGUUGGAUCGGAUCGACAAUUUGAGAAAUCUAGUAAACCUGGAAACAUUACUACUUUCGAACAACCAUAUCAGCGUGUUAGAUGGUUCGACACUAAACUGUUUUACCAAACUGAUCAGUUUGCAUUUGACCAAUAAUGAAUUAGUCGAGAUACCCGUUACCGAUAUUCCUGCUUCGCUUGAGUGGUUAAUUUUGCGAAACAACAUGUUGUUUGGACCAAUGAAAUUUAUCGGCGCUCAUCUGCCAGCACUGAAGGUGUUGGACUUGUAUGACAAUUACUGCGACGAACUGGAUGUCGACGUGCUAUUGUUGGCCGCUCCCAAUCUAGAGGCAAUCAGGCUUGAACGCAACUUCAUAUCGGCCAAGGAGGCAAAAGUCAUCAUGGAAUGUCUCGCACUUGCUGGUGUGGCACACGAUAAAUUUGUUAAAAGCGACGAACGCGAUCAUUACUAUCGCACGCAACAGAAAAUUAAAAUGCACGAGGAUAUCAUUUCCGCUAUGAUUGCUGUCGUAAAUGUAUGCGUGAUAGGUUGGGGAUUUUUCCGAGUGUACAAAUCUAGAAGAAGUACGGAAACUGUGCGCGCGGACUGUAGCAAUGCUUGAGUAAACGAAGUAAAUUUAAGUUUCAGUUAGUUGUGGAAAUGCUAUUCAGCUAAUAGAUGUGCGAUGAAGCAUUGAAGUACUUGACGGUUUAGGACUCGCAAUGAAAUACGAUCUUAAAAAUAUUUCGUCCUACACUUGCAAAGCAGUAGCGGUUCUAAAAUCACUCCUUAUCUUUACGACUUAAUAUGAAUAUGUUAAACAUUUCAUAAAUAGAUAAAAAAUUUCCAAAUUUCUAAGCCUUUUUUUCUUUUAAAUUAAUCGUGUACCGUAAAAAGCGUUCUAAAUUGAGGGUUCAAAGC